AUGUCAUCAAGUGUGUGGCUAAGCUGGGACGACUGGCGUCGCGCCCAAAGUGUUAUUGUCGAGGCGUUACAAGACCCAACAGAAGCACAUGUGACAGAAGCGCUCGAUGCAAUUGAAUUGUGGACGAAUCGACAAAUACUGAACGUGCAAAUAGAAGCGACGGUCGACGUUUUUAAUUCGAUUAAAGCGUAUGUGAAAAUGCCGGAACUGUUCACAAGUGUUGCGUCGUUCACUAUCGUACGUUUUGUGAAUGGGAUGGUCGAUGCUCCACAACAGUUUGGAGCGCAGCACAGAACGGUGUAUAUGGUUUCUUUAGAGCAAAAAGUGCCAACCAUUUUAGUUGAUAUGAGACAUUCCAUUACACAUGGAAUCUUACCUUCACGUCCAGUCUUAUUUGAGAUGAUUAAAAUCAUUUCCGAAUUUUUAGUUGUGAGGUAUUGGCGAACAGAAGAAAACGAGUCGACGCCAAUGUGGUUUUCUGAAUUAAAACGUGCGAUAACCAGAAACGACGUGGACCGACUGAAAGACAUCAUAACAGACGGUCUUAAAAACUUGACAACAGCUGGAGUGUUUUCAAUCUCUAAAGAUAUCGCGAGACUUGCUGGUACAGACAUGUCACCACAUUGGAAAACACUUGUGAAGUAUUUGUGUAAUAGAGUCGGGUUUGCAGACGCUUUGGUUAUGGGCGCGACUCUCCAGUUCUGUGCGGAUACAACAGAUAUUGGACUUGCGAAUUGGUUGCUCUAUUUGCUCAAGAAUUAUAACACUGACAUACAACCUAUUGUCGAAGUCUUCAUUCAAAACGGGUUAAUUUUUGACGUAAACGUUCAAGAGCUUCUUGUUAAAAGUAUUCCAAUGAUCAACGCAAAACAGAAAGGGUUUUUGGACGCUUACAUCGUCGUGAAGAAAAACGCUCAACCUAAUGUUACUCUGAAAACCUUAACUGACUUCUUGGAGUCAAAACCACAACUAAAAACAGAGAAGGUUGGACGCUGGACUAGAGUACCACGACUCAACUACUUCACCACAGACCAACAGAGUCUUGUCAUACCUCAAGAUGCCAAGAUGUAUGUCGUUUGA